GUCCCGCUUCCCAGUGUGCAAUUAGUCCAUUGACCAGUUCAUGACGAUCCACGGUUCCGCGAGGGCACGUGAGGAUUGUCCGUCAGCGAUUUGUGGAUUGGCAACCAGCUGCUGCGAUUGUUCCCGUACAUAACGUGCGUGUCGUGUCUCGUCACAAGGGGAAACGAUGCCACGAUGAGGAAUUUAUCAGUUCCCUGGAGCGUCAGAACCUGAUGAAAAAAUGUCAGAGUCUACGGAUGACCAGAUCGAGCAGUGCGAUAUAGUCCUUCCGAGGCAAGGUCUGCUGUAUCAGGAGGAUACUUUGAACUAUAUACUCUGUAAGCCGAAGUUGAUCCCGCUGAAGUCAGUCACGCUGGAGAAACUGGAGAAGAUGCAAAAGGAGGCGGAGAUUAAAGUCAGAGAAGCUCAAGAGGCAGAGAUCAGCUCUGACACAAAUGCAUAAUUGCCUAGCGACGGAAACUUGUAGAGUUCAUUAGACAUCGCUGUCACGAGAGAGAUCGGACAAGAUGGUUCUCGGUGCGUUUCUGACGGAGAUUAUAGUGGCGUUCCUGCUGGCCGGAACUUUACUCUUCAAGUAUGGAAAUGUGUUCCGGC